AAACCGGCAAAGGUGGAGCCAAGGCUGCCAGUGAGAGAGCGAGGGGCGGGUUUUUUUUGACAGCAAGUUCGGCAGCUGCCUUUCCUGGGGUUUUACUGGGAUUGGGGCGGCGUCUGCGGCUCAGUGUGGUUGGAGCCGGCGGAGGGGUUGGAGGUAGGGUGAGCGAAGGCCGAGAGAAUGGGGGUUAGGUAGGAGCGGCCCGGCCCCAGCAGCAGCCCGGCCGGCCGGCCUCCGCCGGCGGGGAGGGCAGGCGAGCGCUGCCGUGUGACGGGGGUCUGGGCGAGGCGGCGGAGCAGAGCCGGCCGGAGGAUGGAGGACAAGAAGGAGGAGGGCGAGGCCGAGAUCCAGGAGCAUGGGCCCGAGCACUGGUUCAGCAAGUGGGAACGGCAGUGCCUGGCCGAGGCCGAGCAGGAGGAGGCGCUGGCCCCCGAGCUGCAGGAGGAGGCGGCGGCCGCCGCGCAGCCCGAGCACAAACAGCAGAAGCUGUGGCACCUUUUCCAGAACUCGGCCACCGCCGUGGCGCAGCUCUACAAGGACCGGGUGUGCCAGCAGCCAGGGCUCUCCCUCUGGGUCCCCUUCCAGAAUGCCGCCACCGCCGUCACCAACCUCUACAAAGAAAGCGUGGAUGCUCAUCAACGAAGCUUUGAUGUAGGAAUUCAAAUUGGCUAUCAGCGUCGCAAUAAGGAUGUGUUAGCUUGGGUUAAAAAACGCAGAAGAACUAUUCGUAGAGAAGAUUUGAUCAGCUUCCUAUGUGGAAAAGUUCCUCCUCCACGAAACUCUAGAGCUCCCCCAAGACUGACUGUAGUAUCCCCUAACCGAGCUACUUCAACAGAAACUAGCUCAUCUGUAGAGACUGAUUUGCAGCCCUUCCGUGAAGCCAUAGCUCUGCAUGGUCUUAGUGGUGCAAUGGCUAGUAUAAGCGUUCGUUCAAGUACCCCAGGCUCUCCCACUCACGUAAGCAGUGGUUCCAAUGCUAGUCGUAGGAGAAAUGGACUCCAUGAUGUUGAUUUGAACACUUUCAUAUCAGAAGAAAUGGCACUCCACUUGGACAAUGGUGGAACUAGAAAGCGUACCUCAGCCCAGUGUGGCGAUGUCAUUACAGACUCACCAACUCAUAAACGCAACCGAAUGAUCUAAACUGCAAAAAUUUCAAACCCACCAUGCUGCUUGAAAGCCACUUGAUCCUCAGAGUACUAUUGAAAAGGAAACAUGAGGCCAUCUUCCCAUAUUCACUGUUUAAAACAAGUGAAUUCAAUAAUUGCCAUAAGGAAGUUUUAGGUAUUACAGUAGAUGCCUCUUGUAACUACGGCUUUCUUAAACUAUAUUCUUAGCAGAGGACAUCAGAUAUUGUGUAGUAGUUAGCAAGAUCAUCAUAGGCGAACAUGUAUCCGUUCCAAGGCUAAAAGUGACCUUACUUGUAUUCUUAAAGGGAAAGGAAAUAUCAGAUGUUUUAUUUGGUUAUAGAAUGCUUUUGUCCUUAUUUCCUGCUGUGUUGAGUAUUUGCUUCAACAGUAUUGCCAGUUUGACUGAAAUCGUCUAAAAUAUGACUUGGCAUCUUUGUCAAAUCUGCAGGCUUCCAUUUUCGCAGCACUGUAUAAGGCACCUAGUUUCUAUAUAGUAACAGUGUGCAAGUUAUAAAUAUUGGACUGUGCCCUUUUUAGUUUUAAAAGCAGUUGAUAAUUCUGGUGAUUGUGUGAUAAUGUAAAGAGGUGCUAUGAUGGUCAUGCAAUUAAUACUUAAUAUUGAAUCAAUACAAGGAUCUUUAUUGGAUUCACUUUGUGUGUUUUAGUGCUCUGAAGUAGCAACAUUAAACUUUUCCCCCAAUUAACGUCAUAGGGUUUUACAUUUUCAGUUUAAGAACAUAUAUGUACUUACUGGUAUUAUCCUUGUAAACAUAAACAGUGCAAACUGCACCAGUGCUGACCUAAAUUUAGAGAAAAAUGUCCUGUAACUGGAGAAUAGGCUUUUUUGUUCAGUAUUAGUGAAGGGUAGGUAUUGUGUACAACCAUAUCCCAUUUUACAUUUUGUGUGAAGUAAUUGCCCAUGUUGGGGAGGGGUGGGAGGUGAGGGAAUGGGGAACAGUUGGAAAAGGGUUGUGUUCUGUCUGCUGACGAGGAAGAUUUCUGGUCACAUAUGGAAACUGCUUGGAGUGACUAGCUUGUGUGUGACAUCAUCAUCUUUAGGAUGAAGUGACGUGCAGGUUUUGCCAAGUGCUAAGACAAUAACUUAACUUCUAGUUUUAAUUCUGAAGAAAAGAUCUUUCUUUUCAGUAAAUGUAAAAUAACAUUGGAUGGCUUUCAAAGAUAAAACCUGCUUUCUUACAAUGUCUUUAACUGAAUGUCCUGAUGAAUAUGUAAAGUUGAAAACUGGCUACACAGUUUAAAUUUAAAUCCAAAAAGUCAGGUGUGGAUCAAAGAUGCUCACUCUGCAAAUCAGUACUGUUAAGUGCAGACACUUCAAAAACUCUUUACUUAAAGGAGAACAAUUUCUAAGUUAAAAGUUUUUUUUGUUGUUGUUUUUUUACAUUUAGAAAUCUGAUCUUGAUUUCCUCUUUUUGGCAAAGAACUUUCGUUCAAAAGCUUCUGCUUAUGAGGAGGGCUAAAAUAGGGAGGGGUAAGGAGAUGAAGAGCUGCUGACUUGAGGGGGAGGAGGGAAUGUUUGAACUGGAGGCCCCAUCCACACUGUAAUAGAAAACAGGCAUUCUUUAAGCUUGCCUUACAUUCACUUGCAGCUAAACAGAGA